UGAUGUGGUAAACUGCUGCUACUAUCCUUUCGUGUGGUCGUUUUAUUCACAGUUAGCAUCGAGGUUAAUAGCACAAAACAUUGCAGUUUCAUAUUAUUAUGUACUUUAGCAUUACAGUGAAGAGAAGGCAAGACACACCAGCCAUCAGAUUGAGAUUAAGUAACGCUAAUUAAUUUAACUGAAAUUGAUUAAACUAAAACGUACAAAUCCUAGCUUCGGUUCUUUAUUCGACUCAUUAUGUCAAGACAUUAAGAGCACAAAAGGGUAAAUCACAUUUAGUGUUAAUAAAUUAAUAAAUUCCGUGAGAAAUGUACCACAUGUGUACAUAUGUACUACUAUAACUGUUAAUUUUCCGACCGCACGCGAAAGCAGCCGUUAUCCAGAGGACCUCAUUGUUGCUCCAAACAAUUUAAUUGUGAAGUGAAACAAAACGCCUGCUGGCUACGUUUUGUUGUGUGUUUUUUUUUUUACGGUGCACACAAUCGUUGAUCUUCCAAUUUCGCAGUGAGUGAGACUCUUGCUGAGGUGAAUUAAUAUCUAAAGACUGCCUGGAUGACAGACCAAGAGCCUGCCUUUGUCACCUGCUGUCAUCAAACAAAUGCAGUAUAGCCUCUAAAAACACACCAGCUCUAUUAUCCAGCAUUUCUUAUUGUUACCAUUACACUGUACCAACAAAUCCUCAAACAUUGUCUGCCUGCUCAACACAUGUCCAGGGACUUCCAUUAGCUGUGAAAAGUUCCUCCACAGUUUUGUCUCACUUCAAAGAACCUCCAUUCCCAGAUGAUGCGGACGGACAGCAAAGGCCGAAGUGCCUCCCCGCACAGGAUAACCUAUAAGUCUGACUUCCACACCAUCAAAUGUUCAUUUGACACUGCGACCAGUCUACGACCUGGGACCAAACCUGCUGCUGCCCAGCUCUCUGCUGUACACCCAACCCGGCUGCCACCCAGCCUGUCCGAUCCCAUAAUGUCCAGCACCAGCACAGGCAGUAGAGGGCGAGUCCUCUGUUCCAGGGGGACCAAGAUCAGAGAUAAUAUCUUCCUGCAAAUGGACAACCAGCAGUUGAAACAAGAUGGUGGUCCAGUGCCGAGUUCUGGCUCCACAUCCCUCCUUGCUCCCAAUAAUCCCAACCCACAGCUCCAAACUUCACCUUUCACUGCACCCAGACGUUCUGUCCUCAGUUCCUCGUCUGUUCUGAGCACUGCGACAAACAUCUCUACACCAGAAUCUUCUCUACGAGAUCAAUUAUCCAGAUCAGAGGAGAUAGCGGAUAUUGACAGAGCUGCUCUGGCUCAGAAAUUCUCUGUAACUCGGAGGUUAUUUGAGACCAAGGUGAUGGAGGUUGUAGGUGACGGAGGGCAGGUUUCAAAAUGUAGGGGAAGCAAGGAGAUAGUGGAAGGGGAAGAGGGGAUAGGAGGAGUCUGCCAGGUGGAGAAAGAGGAAGAUGAAAGUGGGAAAAGGAAUCACACAGGAGAGGAUAGCUUUGAUGAAAAGAAAAUCAUAAACUUCCCCAUCAUGAAUAUUUCCUUGUUGAAGCCUUCUGCACAGGCCUCGCUGACGAGGCACCCUAAAUCUCCUGUAUCGGAUGGCCCUAGUGAAUCAUCCAACAAAUCUCAAUCCUAUCUUCACAAACAUGGUCAAACCACAGGAUCAAAAACAGAGAAAGAAAGGACAGCAAGCACAACCUUUGACCUAUACUUGACCCCUGAGGAGCCAGUGAGGGCAGAACUUGUUGACGUAAAGAACGGCUCAUCAGAAAGUGAUGAGAAUGAAGAAGAAAAGGAUGACAAAAACAGGCUUAAUGAUGAGGGGGGAAAGUACAUGAACAAAGUUGCAGGAGAAAGUGUGCAGGAGCUAGUGGAUGAUGUUUUUGAAGAGCCAAGCAUGAAAACACCAGGACCUUAUAUGCUGGGAAACGGAGUGGAACUGAGAGCAAGAGAAGGUGGGCUGGUUGUUCCUUCAGAAGAACACCAGAAGGAGGUAUCAGCCAGCAUGUCAUGUAAAAGAGACACUAAGGGUGACUGGGAAGGUGGAAGAGACAAGUAUCAGCAGGUGAAUGAAGAAAGGGAGGGGCAGAACAGAGAGUUCAUUGCAUGGGUUGGGAAGUCAACAGAAAAGAGGGAGAAAAGGGCUGUUGCAGGAGUGGUAGAAAAUGCUGGAAUGACGGAGAGAGGCACGAUGCAAGACGAGGAUAAUGACAAGGACGUUGAGACAUACAGUAUGGGGAAGAGGACAGGUGGAGAAGAAUGUAAACAAAGCCAUGGGAAGGAAAGAACUGAGAAAGAAGAAGAAAUAACAUCUGAGCUGCAAGAGGAGGUCAACCAUGAGGAGUGCAGAGAAGGUAGCGAUGGAAAACAUGAUGUAAGAGGAGGCAAAGAGGACCAGACAGGAUCUGCAGUUAUCUCUGGGAUUGAGAACGAGGCUUUUGUGCAUGAGCAGCAAUCUCACUCUCAUCCAGAGCAUUCAAGACAUGAAUUGGAAAACUCUAUACAUGGAAAUCUGUAUUUAUUGCAAUAUGAGGAAAUUCCUGGUUUGCCUGAACUGAAUGAUCAGGAGGGAGAGGAGGAGGAGGAGGAUGCAGCCCAAGUUGCGAAGAGGAAGGUCAGGUUCACCUCGGCACCAAUCAAGGUGUACUGCACUUAUUCUAACGCGGAGUACGACAGACGCAAUGAGGACAUUGACCCGGUGUCCGCCUCGGCUGAGUUUGAGUUGGAGAAGAGAGUGGACAGAAUGGAUGUCUUCCCAGUGGAGAUAGAGAAGGGAGAUGAGGGUCUCGGCAUCAGUAUAAUAGGAAUGGGUGUAGGAGCUGACCAGGGACUAGAAAAACUGGGAAUCUUCGUGAAGACAGUGACUGAAGGAGGAGCAACACAGAAGGAUGAAAGGAUUCAGGUGAAUGACCAGAUAGUGGAGGUGGAUGGGGUGAGUUUGGUUGGAGUCACCCAGCUGUUUGCAGCCACAGUCCUCAAGAAUACGUCAGGCCUUGUCAAGUUUUUGAUUGGCCGAGAGAAGGAGGGCGUGGAGAGCGAGGUGGCACGACUGAUCAACGAAAGCCUGGAAAUGGAUAAAACAAAGAGUGAAAAGGCAAGCGGGGAUGAGUAUAAUGAUGGUAGCUUGUCAGAGAAGUCGGUGGAAGAGGAGGAAGAAGAAGAGGACGUGUCUGUUCUUUCCAGUCUGGACAACUACCAGCUCUGCCUCAAAUACCAGCAGCUUCAGUCAAAACUACAAGGCAAAGCGGCCCAACUUCACCACGCUAGAGAGAAGUUGAAGACAUGGGAGGAGCAGCAGGCCUAUUGGGAGAGCCAGAAGGACGAGCUGGAGCAAAGAGCGGAGGAUGGAGAAGACAAAGCUGACAAACUAGAGAAGUAUUGGCAAGAGGCCCAGACACUGUGCAGGGUUGUGAGCCAGCGACUGGCUGAUGCCCAGAGCCAAUCGGAAAGCUUGGAGAUCAAAUACAGCAAGGCCAAGAGACUGGUCAGAGAAUACCAGAGCAGAGCGGAGGAGUGUGAGAGCAGAGAAGCAGAUUUGAGAGGAGAAAUGGUGGAGAGAGAUAAGCUGCACAGAGAGACUGUUGAAAGACUGCAAAUCCAGAUAGCACAGCUAGAGGGGAAAGAGCCUGCAGCUGAGAGAAAGAACCACUCUCUGGACUCUUCAGUCACAGAUCCAGACUGGUGUAUUCCAGUUCCAGAUACAGGACGUCUAGACUCCAGUGCUCACAUAGCCAGAGCUCAGCUGGCCCAGAAAUCCAAGCGCCACCCGCCCUCCCGAGACAAACUCAGAGAGAGCUUUAGAAAACGGGAAGAUGAAGUUCAGAAACUACAGGAGAGGCAGUCCCUGUCUGCUCCCACGACGCAAAGGAGCAGCAGAAGUGACCUGUCCAGUACUUCGUCUUUCUCAGCACUCAGUCCUCCCACUAACUCCGUCUUCACCCCUCCCAUCUACAUCAAUGACAUCGUCACUCCCUCACCGUGCAAAUCCUCCGCAUCCAGAAAGUCCAAAAAGAAAUUUCCAGACUUCAGUGGCCUUCGCAAGUCACUCAGCAAAAGGAGAAGUGAGAAACUCAGCAAAAGGUCCAUAAACAACAGGGGGUCGCAUGGUGACCUGGUGGAUGAGCCCACUGGAGUGUCUCCAUCAGGUUCGAUCACCUCCAUGCCUUCUUGCCUGCCCUUCCCCUGGUUUGGAGAGCGAGGGAGAGAAAAAGCAGUGGACGGUGAGAGAGGCAGAGAGAGACUGCGGUCCGUGUCCAGCAGCAGCUUACCGUACCUGACCACCUCAGGUAGAAGAGAUCAGAGUAUUGGCUCUCCAGUGGGCAGCUCCAGCAUGGUGGGUCAUGUCUCUGUUGUCUCCCUCUCUGGACACUCUCACACUUUCACCUUUUCCUCCACUGAGACGUUAGACGAUGAUCCAGUUUCCAACAAUAACAACAACCAGUGGCAAAAUCGACCCGUCUUGGAGUGGGACAACCAGCAGGUGUGUCUGUGGUUAGUCGCCAUGAACAUGGACGAGUAUGCGUCUCAGUUUGCUGCCAGAGGUGUGGACGGGACACAGCUGCUCAACAUGGACAGUGAGAAACUCAAGGCUCUGGGGGUGUGCAGUCAAAGUGACCGGUCUGCCCUCAAGAAGAAACUGAAGGAGAUUAAGAAAAGAGAGGAAAAAGAACAGAAGAAAGGAGAGAUGAGGCUGAAAGAGGAAAAGGAGAAGAUCACAGUUUUGGAUAAGGAGGGUAAAGGCAUGAUGAUGAUGAUGAGGGAGGAGAAGUCUGUAAAAGAUGCCAGACGCAGUGUCAGAACGGAGUCACUCUUAUAAAAGGAAAGACAGAGGUGAUGUCGGAGAUGCACCACCAGCAGCAUGAGGGCGUGUUUGCAGCCUAUCAAGCACAAAAAUACACUUGAACCAAUUUAUAUUCAAUAGAAAGCGCUAGAACUACUUCACACAUCUUCUAUUCACAUCUUGUAGCUAUCAUUUACGAUGCAGAACACUAGUUUUUAGAUUUAAUUGAUGGAAAGAAUAUUUGGACCAGAGCAGAGUUUGACACUCGCAGCAAAUAUGUAUCUCUCAGUAUGUGUUGUGACAA